AUGGCCUCGGCUGCCGUCGCAAACCCGGGGCCAGGCGUCCUCUCCGGGGCACCCCCAUCUUCUUCCCCUUCCUCUUCCACCCAGCCACUCGCCCGCUCCUCGUCGUCGUCUUCAUCCCCGAAAUCUCUGUCGCGUACCCUGACGGCAAAGAGCGUCACCGACCCCAUCCUCCGCAAUGCCCUGCGCUACACCAUCUCCGCUCGCGAAUAUGCCAUUCUCCACAAGUAUAUCCUGUCGCGUCCCCGCGUCCUGCGCCGUGCCGCGCCCUCGGUAGCCACCGUCGAGCGCAUCAUCGAGGGUUCCGAUGGGAGGGGGAAGAAGGGACAGCCGGCUGCUGUGGACAACGCGGGAGGUAGUGGCGGUGGUAAUGGUAGCGGUAAUGGGGACAGUUAUAAUACACGGGCCGUUAGGGAAUCGCUGCGGGUGUUUCUAGGGACUGCGGGUGCCAUGAAGACCUUUGAAGCGCUGGCUAGUAGGGUAGCCGGCAAGAAAGAACCCAACACAUCCUCCAAGAAACAACCGCUCCACAAAUCGUCGACUUUCCGCCUCUCCCUCUCCCUCUCCACCAUCCUCCUCCUCUACCGCGUCCUCUUCCGCUUCCUCACCCGCCUGCGCAUGCACCUCCUCGACGACGCCGCUCGGCCCUUCCGCCUCCGCAACCCCCGCGCCGCCGCCACCCUGACCUCGCCCUUCGCCCCCGCCGUCGGCGCCUCCCUCGCCGGCCUCGCCCUCGGCAUCUACCCGGCCCAGAAGCUCCGCGUCUCCGUCGCCGUCUUCGCCCUGUUCCGCGCCCUCGAGUUCGCCUGGAACCUGUGCGAGGGCGAGGGCCUCGUCUGGGGCUGGAAGAACGGCGGCCGCCUCAAGCGCGAGCGGCCCUGGUGGUGGGGCAGCUGGCUCCUCCAGCCUUUUGCCCUCGGCCAGUUGUUUCAUGCCUUCGUCUUUGAUCGCGACUGCUUCCCGGAGCCGAUUGGCAAGUUUAUCGUCGGGGGUUCGACGGCGUAUCUGCACCCCAGGCCGGAGGGGUAUCCGAGCCAUAUUACGUGGCCUAGCGCGUAUGAUAUUGUGGAUAGUCUUGCCCGGAUGGCACGUCUCGACUGGCCACCUUACAUCUCACCGACACUCUUCCCCGACAAGGAGACUCUCCCGCUAUCUCUUUCAGCCGUAAGACCUCUGACCUCGUUGGCCCACCCCAUCAUCACAUCGCUCUCCUGCGCGACACUCCACCCCUCCGACCCGUCCUGUCUCCGCACCUACCUGCAGUUCUGGCUCGGCUCGUUCCCGCCGCUCGCCCGCCUCUUCCUGGGCCUGUACGCCGCGCUGGCCCUCCUUCCCGGCGGCGGGCGGAAACUCUUCUACCACGCGCCGCUGGCGACGCUGCAGGGCGUGCUGGCGCGGGCGCUCCGCACGUCGAGCUUCCUCGCGGGCGCGCUGUCCACGGCGUGGGCGUCCGUCUGCUUCUUCCAGCAGUGGUUCCCGCGGCACUUCCUCCCGCGGCUGCGUUUCUUCCUCGGCGGGUUCGCGGCGGGGUUGUGGGCGUGGGCGGACCGGAGGAGGGGCCGGGCGGCGUUCCUGUACUCGGCGAGGGCGAGCGUGGAUUCGCUCUGGAAGGUGGGCGUUAAGAGGAGGUGGUGGAGGGGGAUGAAGGGCGGGGAUGUGUGGGUUUUUGUUGCCGCCUUGAUAGUUACCGGGGUGGUGUACGAGCGGGAUGCGGGGGCGAUGCGGGAGGCUGGGUGGAGGAAGGGGGUCAGCUGGGUACGGGGGACGGGGUUCCGGGAUUGGAGCAUUGAGGAAGAUGAGGUGGAGGGAGAGAGGGAUGAGGAGGAGGACGAAGAAUUCGAGCCGAAGGAGUGA